AUGCCCGAGAUGGGGAAGAGCAAUGCGGCCAACGUCGCAGCAAGCCUACGAUCAAGCUUCCCGGAGAUCAAGCUGGUUAUCAUGUCAGGAAUAUGUGGCGCGGUUCCUGAAUACCGAACCAGUGAAGGGGCCGUCCAAGAGAUUGUGCUUGGCGAUGUUGUCAUUAGUAACGGCAUCGUAUAGUAUGAUCUGAGGAGACAGUACCUAGAUCGCUUUGUUCGAAAUGACUCCUGGCAUGAGAGCUUCCCAAGGCCAUCCCCGGAACUACGGGCUCUAAUUUCCAAGUUGAUGAUCCCGAAGAGACUUAAUGGAUUGAGAAAUUGAGAAAUGAGACGCUUCAGAACUUGGUGAACCUUCACAAGUCUCUGCGCCGAUCUGAAUAUCCUGGACGAAAGUACGAUAUACUGCUUCCACCUUAUCAUCGUCAUAAACAUCACGAGAACUGUGCUACUUGUGUCCAGUCUACGUCUUACUCCGAUCCUGUUUGUGACAUCUCACGCACUUCUCCAUGCUCCCAGCUUGGAUGCGAUAGCUACACUUCCCCUAUCAUGCGAGAACGGCAUGCUACUACACCUCAGCCUCUCGUCCACCUUGGGAAAUAUGCAUCAGGUGACAUGGUCAUGAAGUCAGGCGAGGAUCGAGAUAAGAUUGCAGAACGUGAGAGCGUCAUAGCCUUUGAGAUGGAGGGUGCUGGAGUGUGGGAUAAUUUCCCAUGCAUUGUCAUCAAGGGUGCGUGCGACUAUGCCGAUAGUCAUAAGAAUAAGGAUUUUCAGGGCUAUACCGCAGCAACAUCUGCAGCCUGCACCAAUGCCUUUCUCGAAGAGUGGUUCUUGGCUUCUCAGUCUACCCAAGGUAAAAUCGACUUUAGCUCGUGUUCUGAUCAUAAUGCUGACCAUAAUAUAGGCGGCGCACACAGCGAAUACACUAGGCCAUCACCUGCAAUUCGUGAAAUUGACAUAGUGGCGCUGGAAAUAUUCGGCUUACCUGUCAGCGAGGCCAAUCGCUGCCAUGUGCUCAAGCCCUCGACCUUACACAUCGGAUGCAGACUUUGGCGGAACUUGAAAGUCGACUUGAUGAAAAUUCUUUCACGAAGAGACUGGAAACCGAAUCCUAUAUCAAAGAUUUAUACUAGCGUGCUGUGGGGAGAUGUUUUUAGUCGUUCUGCUUUGAACACAUGA